AUGAAGCGUGUGCUGGGUACCCGUGUGCUGGGUACUGUGUGCUGUAUACCUGUGCUGUGUACUGUGCUGUAUACCUGUGCUGUGUACUGUGUGCUGUAUACCUGUGCUGUGUACCUGUGCUGUGUACUGUGUGCUGUAUACCUGUGCUGUGUACUGUGUACCGUAUGCUGCUGUGUACCUGUGCUGUGUACUGUGUGUGUGUACCUGUGUGCUGUAUACCUGUGUGCUGUGUACCUGUGCUGUGUACCGUGUGCUGUGUCUGUGUACCUGUGCUGUGUACCUGUGCUGUGUACCUGUGCUGUGUACUGUGUGCUGUAUACCUGUGCUGUGUACCUGUGCUGUGUACUGUGUGCUGUAUACCUGUGCUGUGUACUGUGCUGUGUACCUGUGUACUGUGUACCUGUGCUGUGUACCUGUGCUGUGUACCUGUGCUGUGUACCUGUGCUGUAUACCUGUGCUGUAUACCUGUGCUGUGUACUGUGUGACCUGUGCUGUAUACCUGUGCUGUGUACCUGUGCUGUAUACCUGUGCUGUGUACCUGUGCUGUGUACCUGUGUGCUGUGUACCGUGUGCUGUGUACCUGUGCUGUGUACCGUGUGCUGUGUACCUGUGCUGUGUACCGUGUGCUGUGUACCUAUGCUGUGUACCUGUGCUGUAUACCUGUGCUGUAUACCUGUGCUGUAUACCUGUGCUGUGUACCGUGUGCUGUAUACCUGUGCUGUGUACCGUGUGCUGUGUGUGUACCUGUAUGCUGUGUACCUGUGCUGUAUACCUGUGCUGUGUACCGUGUGCUGUGUACCUGUGCUGUGUACCUGUGCUGUGUACUGUGUGCUGUGUACUGUGUGCUGUGUACCUGUGCUGUAUACCUGUGCUGUAUACCGUGUGCUGUGUACCGUCUGCUGUAUACCUGUGCUGUGUACUGUGUGCUGUAUACGUGUGCUGUGUACCUGUGCUGUAUACCUGUGCUGUAUACCUGUGCUGUGUACCGUGUGCUGUGUACCGUGUGCUGUGUACCCUGUGCUGUGUACCGUGUGCUGUGUACCGUGUGCUGUGUACCUGUGCUGUGUACCUGUGCUGUGUACCUGUGCUGUAUACCUGUGCUGUAUACCUGUGCUGUGUACCGUGUGCCAUGUGCACACCGAAGUUUAUUGGGCAGCAGCGUAA